GUCAGAAAGGGAAGGGGCCUCGUAGGAGCACGCGAAGGCUGAUUACGGAAUGGCAUAUUUGAAUGUAAAAAGCGGCACAUCGUGAUAAGACCCCACCCAGCUGCAGGCAAAAGUACCACCGAAUUGCGCGCGGCGCGUCCAAUCACGAUGCUCUGCCGUUUCUCUCGAAUCUCUCAACGACGCCGCUCAUCUCGCAUGAGUCAUUCGGGCGACGAACGCAGCGAACGGCAAGCGAGGGGGAGUUUGCUCGGCGCGUUGUCGACGAUCGUUAAGGCGCACUGCGGUACGAAAGGCUUCGUUUAUCGCAAGAUACAACCGACGAUGGCACUGGACAGGGAAGAUAUCGGAGAUCUGAGUGACGUUGUUCUCCAGGAGAAUUCGGACGCCGAGACGCAGUGCAAACGCAAAUUGGGCAAGAAACCAAAGAGGAUAUUGCACUUUUCGGAUGGAGUAAUGGAAGAAUAUUCGUCAGAAGAUGAAGUUGAUACACCAAAGAAUAAUAAAACUGUGUCACAGAUAGAUACUAAAAAUAUGAAUUGGUUACCAUGGGCAUGGUACCAAACCACAUACCUGAGUUCUAAAAUGUUGGAUGGUUGCGAUUACGUUGGCGAAUGUCUGGCCAAUUUCUUCGGCAUAACAGCGCCCAAAUAUCAGUUCGAGAUCAACGAGUUUUAUAGGUUGCAAGCGCUCGAAAGAGAAAUGGCUUAUAAGCAAGAUUUGGAGAUGGGUGGAUGGAAUGAACAGAAACGGAAUAAUCUUAUAAGUAGCGAUGCUAUGUUGGCAAACGAACGUAAAUGACGAUUAAGCAGGGAUUUCAUAUGAAGAAACGUAUUACAUAUUACAGAUUCUCUAUUUUGGGAUGCGUUUAAAGUACUGUGUACAAUUUAAUUGAAGAAUUUUAUAAAAUUAUUGGUCCAUUUUCUUCAAAAUGAGAUAAUUUACAUUGAAAAUAAAAAUUACGUGAUGAUCCAACAUACAAGGAUAUGUUCUAAUUGUAAAAUUAACAGCACAAAAGGUUCCUGAAAUUACAUGAUAAUGAACAAAUCCAUAGAUACGUGAUUUAUAAUUCAAUUAUAUAAUUACCUGCAAAUUUACCUAAGGUGUUAAAAAUAGAUUAAUAUAUAUUUCUAGAUGAUUUCUGUGUGUAAUAAUCUUUGAUAGCAUAGCUUUAGCAGUUCAAUGUUUUGCAUUUUUUUUUACAACAAUUUGUAAAAGUUGCACUGAUUAUGACUGCCCAUCGUAUGUAACUAGAUAUGUAAAAAUAUACACAUGACCUCCACUAUUAUGAGCAUCAACUCAUAAUCAAGUAAUACCCUGUUUCACCAUUAUCUCUUGGAUAAUGAAAACUGAUGUUUCACUUAUGUCAAUUGGAUUAAAAAACUAAAAAAUAAUUUAUUAAAAAAUUAUUUUUUUAAAAAGGAUAAUUUUUUAAUAAUUUUAAUUGACAAGGAUUGUGCUCAAUUCUAAAUUUGUUAGCAAACUGCAAAUAAUGCCUGAACAAUUUCAACUAAUAUUUUUCUAUGCAAUAUUAAAAAGUUUUUUAAAUAUCAAAUACAAAAUUAUUUCGUAAGAAAGUAUUCUGUACAACGAAAUAAAAUAAAAAUUAUUGUGAUGAAUACAAUAAUUUAUAAAGUAAAAUAUCGCUGCCUUCAAAAAUCAGUUCAGACUAAAUAACGUCGAUAUGUAUAUAUGGAAGAAUUGUAUAUGUAAAAAGCUUUAGUGUUAGUCUUCAUAAUAAUUAAUUGUUAUAAUAAAUUGAUAUAAUUUAUUGUGUAAUAAUAUAUAUUAUUUAUAAGAUAUUGUAUAUUAUAGUUAUUAAUUUGUUAAUAUUAUAAAAAAUAUGUUACUUUAUUGCAAAAGAGAAUUUUUUGAACUUUGCAUUUGCACGUACGUCCAUGAAAAUAAAUAAUAUAUUUAAUUAUCACUUGCGAUCAGUUAUAUUAGCCAUGAUUCUCACAGAAUUAUUAUGCAAUUAAUAACGACAAUAAAUGUAAUAAAUGUCUUUGUAUUUAAUAAAACAUUCUAUUUAUAUAUAA